UUCCGCCCAAUAAUAUUUAUUUAUAAAAUGUGUUUAUAUGCAUUGUUGAAAGGAAUUAUGUUUUACGUGUCAUAUAAACGUCAUAAUUAAAAACCAAUAAAAUAUUUCAAGUACAAAAUGCCGAAGGGUAAAUAUAUAAACCAUAAAGGGAGAGUUCGAAAGUUUACAAACCCCGAAGAACUUGAGAAGGAAAGGCACAAUACACAAUGUCAUGAUGAAGGUCGAGAUGAAACAACAAGCAGUGACAAUAACGAUACCACAAGCGACGAGGAAACAGCAAAAGCAAAAGGUGUUUCUAAUUUGAUCGAAAUUGAAAACCCAAAUAGACAACAAAGAAAAACUAUAAAAAUAACAGAUAAUACCAAUGAAUUAAAUGUCUCAACUGAAAUAUCAAGCCGCGAGAGAGACGAAGCGCAAAAACAGAAGUUGAAAGCAAAUUACCAGAAACUUCAUCUUGAAGGAAAAACCGAACAGGCCAAAGCUGACCUAGCUAGACUUGCAGUAAUUAAGAAGCAACGAGAACAAGCGAAGCAAAGUAGGGAAUUGGAGAAGAAACUCAAGCAAGAUGCAGCGAAAUUAAAAUCUUCCCAGACUAAGAAAAUUCUUAGCAAAAAAUAA